UUUAUCGUUACCGAAAUCGCAACUGUUUACGAAAAACUGAUCUGAAUACAUCUGGACGGGGUCUGGGUUCUGUGUGCGCACGGUCCGGAUUUUCCUCUAGAUUACCAACUUUCCUUUGUUUAUUUCAGAGGGAGACCAAAACUUUCUAGGAGGUGGUACAAGAAAUUAAAGGAGAGCACAAAGUGACUUUGGCGAUAUACAGUGGUGUUCCUGAUCCUGAUUGAUCGGUUCACUCUCGUCAUGACAGGUUCAAAAGAAUGAAAGAGCAUCUGUACCGCGCCAGAAUCACAGGGAAUAUUUACCGCCAUCAGCACAUGCCCGCCAUUCUUGGCCACAAAGGUUUCCUAGUGCAUCUACCACAGGCCGAGGAAGCAGAAUUGGUUGUAGGCCAGGAGACUAAGGAGCUACCAAAGCUCUUGCUUGAAACCAUGCCAGAAGGUUUGAUAUCGGAGGCCUUGCGUCAGAAGAUUUUGCAGGCAAUUGAAUUGACAAAUGUGCCUAAUCCUUCAAAUGCGUCUCUUGAAGCCCAAACGGCUAUGCUCCAAGAGGUUUCGCAAACUCCCAGUAGAGGAUAUAAAGCGGAGAAAAUUCAGCAUUAUGUACCUAAACUCAACCUGGAUCGGUGGAACAGUUACCCUCUUGUCCUAGGGAACAACAACUGCUACAACUAUGCAAAUGACAAAAUCACCAACAGCUUUGCACAGCCUGGUAGAGCCAGUGGUCAUCCAAUUGGUCAAGUCACUCCAGAAGAGUUGCUUCAGCCUUCCGAAAGCGAUGGUUUAGUGAAAUUGGAUGUUGGACCAGAUGAUCCUUGCCCCGAAGCACCUGAACAGCCUAACUGCUUAGUGGCACUCUUCGUUGACCCAGGUGUAGAUUUUCAUUGGUAUCGCUUGGAUGACAACGGACGCUGGUCCCAGAAGCCUGGCCCUGGUCCUGCUACAAAUAAGGAUGGGCAUGGAAACUUGAUAACUGAUCCAAGGAAGGCUGCCAAUUCUAAGCAUGGCCCCGAUUACAAGUUUGUUGCUUUUAUGAUGAUCUUUACAAACAUAAUGGAUGGUCGGAAAGGCCCACAUCCUGGCACUAAGUAGUUGAUCUUUUGUCCUGAAAGAACUAAACUGACAAAUGCCAAAUUUAAAGCUAGACCUAGAUCUUUUUUUUGCCUCAUAACCUAACUUGUCACGUGUUUAACUUUGGUAGACUUAGUACAUGGAUAUUUCGUUUUUGCCUUAUAUUACGUUAACUGUUACAAACACAAUAGAUGUUCCGAAAGGCCCACAUCCUAGUAGAUCUCUUGAGUACUGACAGAACUUUGACAAAGGCCGGAUUUUAAGCUAGAUCUUUCUAGUCUGAUAACCUAACUUGUUACGUGUUUAACUCGGUUAUAAAAAGGCUUAGGUCAAUGAAAAGGCUUAGGUCAUGAACACUUUCUGUUGCUUUCAAAUGAAACAAACAAGAAAUGCAUAUCAGAAUAGUAGGUUAUAAGAGUGUAACUGUGAGGAGAACUAAGCCAUCGUAAAAGGCAGAAAUCUUGUAAUGAGAAACGGUCAAAUAAACAUUACAUGGCUACU